AUGGAAGGAGUUCUCUAUAAGUGGACAAAUUAUAUGACAGGGUGGCAGCCACGCUGGUUUGUUUUAGACGAUGGAAUCAUUUCCUACUAUGAUUCUCAAGAUGAUGUCUGCAAAGGGAGCAAAGGAAGUAUUAAGAUGUCCGUCUGUGAAAUCAAAGUUCACCCCACCGACAAUAACAGACUGGAACUGAUCAUACCAGGAGAGCAGCAUUUUUACGUCAAAGCUGUCAAUGCUGCUGAACGACAGAAGUGGCUUGUGGCACUUGGAAGUUCCAAAGCUGGCCUUGCUGACACGAGGGCCAAUAAAGAAAAAGAAAUAACAGAGACGACAGAAUCUCUGAAAACAAAGAUGUCCGAGCUGCGUCUCUACUGUGACUUGCUAAUGCAGCAGGUCCACACGAUACAGGAGUCUGUGGGCCAGGAGGACCAGGAAAGAGACCACUCCAAUUCCAGCUCGGAGACUCUGAAUGAGGCCUCCUCUUUACUGAGUGCCACGUGUAACACCUUCAUCAAAACACUGGAAGAAUGUAUGAAGAUGGCCAACUCCAAGUUCAAGACAGACAUGGUGCUGUUGAACCCUCCAGAUGACAUGAUGAUGUCCCCUGUUUCUCCGUCCCCAAUACAGAUGGCCCGGAUGAAGCGGUCCAUAAGUUACCCGGGCACGUACAACUUCGACAGGUCUGGUCUCCCGCCAAAGGAGGGUGUGUUAUCAGGUCAAAGGUCAACCCAGAGGAGGACACGGACUUGUUCGGACACAGAGGCUCACAGUGACAGCUGUGUUUACGAGAUGGACCGCACUGCUGUGCUGUGUCUCAAUGCCAGUGUGAACGGGGACUCCUCCCACAGUAUCCCUGAGGAGUGUGGUGCCAUCAGUCCUACCAGUCCCCGAGCUAUGUCAGACACUCCAGAUACUGACCUGUCCAUCUGACCUGUCCUGUCACUCACCAAAUACAUUGCAGUAUCUUCAGAUAAAGAGACUUUAGAAGUGUUUUGUGAAUCCAGGUCCUGGAGUUGAGAUUGGUCGUCUGCUGUCAAGUGACUGGUCCGUCUGGUCAGUAGGCCUGUGCAAACUUGUAGGCAUAGUACUGUCUAUCUUUUCUGAAUAAUAACUUGGCUAAAGCGUGAAUAGCUGAAUGUAUCAGGUACUUCAGUUACUCUACUGAAGUUAGACUGAUCUGAGGCUACUGUAAUGUGAGGUGUUACUAAGGUUGUGUUCAUUAGGGCACGCAAUGGAAAAAAGUUUUAAAACAAAAAAAAAAAAAUGAGUGUUUCUUAUUGAACAACUCUAGUUGUCCUUCCCUGUCAUUUUCUUCCCUUCAGUGCCUAAUGAACACUCCCCAGCUUUUAUUGCUCACAUACUGCAAUGCAGUCACUGCUUGGCAAUGCGUUAAUGGUAUUUUCAAAAAGUAUUGUAUUUUUUCCUGUGGAAGCAUUGCUUUGCACUUUAAGAAUUAUGGAUCAAAACAAAGUCCUUUUUGAAUGUUUGUACUAUUCCAGGAAGUUUUAUGUUAUUAUUGCAGAAUAAAAUGUUUGAUAUGCAACAUUACUGUUCAUUCACUAUGGAGUGAAAAAUUGUCCUUGAAACACAGAGGAGGGACAUAUUAGCCUUUAACCAAAACCCUUAAACGUUAGGGUUGCUAACUGUGCCAAGGACCAAUUCAGAAUGUGUGGAUGUGGGUACAUUUUCAUCAAUGGGCUGAGUUCACAUGCAUCUCCUGGUACCCCGGAUGGGCAAAGUUUUGUCUAUUUUAGACGAUUCCAUUGGUCCUACAGUGAAAUCUCCACCCUCCCAAGUCACUGGGAGAUGCAAAACAAACUUGCCCAAUAUUUCAAAUUUGGCACGCCCCCAGUGUUCACCAUAUUGCUAUGUGACAGACACUUUUUAUUGUUAUUUUUUUAAAGUUAUGUUUGCCAUUCAUUACAUCCACCAAAAAAGAGUAAUGCCUUAACAGAGAUUCUGGGCAUGGAAGGAGUUAUGUGACUGUAUGUUUGAAAUGUAAAGAUGUGUCUUAAAAAGGAAGUGAAAUCA